CAGACUGUGGGCCGUGGGGUUAGUUUUCGGCCGCCUUCGAUAAUCGGUAUUGUGAUUAAAAUUUCGUUCGUUCCGUCUCCGUUGUUUAUACGUUUGUUAGCUGCUUUUCACCCCGUGUAAACCAUAAAUCGUAAUUCUACCUGCAACGCAAAUUUUAUACAUAUUUACGUGUUUUAACCAUAAAAAAGGUGAACAACAUCUGUAAUUUCGUCCGUUUAUUUCUGCGUUUACCCACAAAAUCACAGUGUUUUGACUAUUCAGUUAUUCGUCGGCGUCGCAAGAACGUAACGGAAAACCUGAGUUUUUGAACAGAAAAAUGAGCGAAGAAGAACAACUUCCGACCGGAUGGGAGAAGCGAGUGAGCCGGUCUACCGGUCAAACUUAUUAUUUAAACUUAUUAACCAAGGAAAGCCAAUGGUCUGUACCAACAAAACCAGCAUCUGAAAAUACAGGCUCAACAAAUUCUGGUCCUGAACAAGUACAAUGUAGUCAUUUAUUGGUUAAACAUGAAAAAUCACGCCGACCCUCGUCGUGGCGAGAAGAACGUAUUACUAGAUCAAAAUCUGAAGCAAUUGACAUCAUAAAAUCUUAUCGCGAACAAAUUGUUUCCGGCAAAGCAUCAUUUGCUGAACUUGCCCAGAAAUAUUCUGAUUGUAGUUCGGCCAAACGUGGUGGUGAUUUGGGACCAUUUACUAGAGGUACAAUGCAGAAGCCAUUCGAAGAUGCAUCAUUUGCAUUAAAAAUUGGAGAGCUCAGCGAACCUAUUCAUACUGAUUCUGGUGUACACAUAAUUUUACGUACAGCUUAGAUCACAAAUAACUGUUUUCUUUUUUAAUUCAAACUUUUGCCUUUUCUAAUUUAUUGUUGAUUUCUGAGACACAAUAAUAAUUUGUAUUGGUUGCCUUAUUUAAUACUGAUUGCCAUUUAUAAAUAUUUUGUUUUGUAUUUUCUAUUUUCAACUGCAAUAAUUGUUUCUCAAAUAACAGUAAUAUCAUAAUACAAACAAAAAUAUAGAACAUUUACAGUCACAAAAACAGUUCUGAAAUAUUAUGCUGCUUAUUUAUUUUUAUAUUUUUUUUUAUGUUUCUAAAAAAAUAUUGUGAUAUUUAAAAUUAUUCUUUUUCAUCUACACUGUUCGGUUCAUAAUCAUUUAUAUUCUUAUUUGAUAAAUAUUUCAUAUUUUACUCACAUUUUCUUUGUGCAUAAUAUAAACCAAUUGUUAUUAUUAAAAUUAAAUUAAACUGUAAUACAUUUUUAUAUUGCAGUUUUAGGUUUCUAUAAUACAUUUUAAAUAUGGCCGUUGUAUACUUUUGGCUAUCUAUCAUCAUUUGUGACUGGUUGCCAUAGUUAUGAUUGCUAAUUUUAUGAAAAUAUUAUUUCACCUUAUUUUGGCAUACUCGUGGAAUUAUCAUUGUUUUAAAUAUAUUGUUUUGACAUUAAAUUAAUUAACUCUUCUA